AGAAUCUAUGAUCUAUAGAAUAAUAGAUCUAGAUCUAGAUCUUGCAGACGAUUAAAUUGGAGUCUAGUCAGAUUCUAAUCUACAUCUAGAUUUCUAGUAAAUCUAGAUUCUUAUCAUCUAAUGAACCAUCAACAAUGAUAUUUUUAUCAUUAUAAUCUAAUUUUGUUAUUGUUAUUAAUAAAACUUAAUAAUAAUGUAAAUGUUGGACCAGAUUACCAAAUCUAGAGAGACUCAGAGAUAAAAAUAUAAUCUGAACAGAGAAAUGCCACAUUAUAGAGGAGAGAAUUUUUACCAGAAGGCUAUAUUAAAGAAAACUACAGUCCUCAGUAGUUGUGUGUUUCAUGUACCACAACUAAAGCAACAUUCUGCUGAUUGCUGCAUUCUGAAAGACAUUGUGUGCUGCCUCACAGGUGAAGAAUUAGCAAGUUGGUCAAAUGAGUGCAGUGUAUUCGGUACUGAGUAUUUUACCAAUUUAAAUAGAUGUUCAUUGAAUGACACAUUAAAGAGAAGUCUUUCUUUGUCUCAAUAUGAGGAAGAAAAGACAUGUGAAAUUAUACCAAGCUCAGUUCCAGAUAUUGAUGAGGAUUGCAGCUUUAAUUUGGAUCUAUCGUUUGAAAAGGAGUUUGAUAGAAUAGAUGAAAAUAUCAGUGACUGCAUUCUUCCUUUCACCUUGUGUACAAAACUUGAUCCUUUAGAUGUGCCCAUAUUUCCAAAUGAGCUUCUCUCAACUUUUGAUAGACUCCAAAAUAUACUAAGUUUGAUCAAAAAGAUGAAAAGUCUAGAACUAAAGGAUCCAUUUGUCAAAAGCAAUGGCUCCUACUGGAAAGAGGAAGAUAUUUUUCAAAAUGAUCUCCAUUUUGAAAGUAUUGAUCCAGAAGCUCUAAAUGAUCCAAGAUGUGUAGCUGUGGAAUCCUUUGACCUGUUUGUAUAUUCAGGAGUGAAUGAUUUUGAAACUGUUUUGUUUCCUGCUUCCUUCAAAGAUGAGUUUCAACCAGAAUGUUUAAAUCUAACUGCUUUUGAAAUAGCUGAUGAGUUUUAUGCUCAAAAUGAAGACAAGUUAAGAAAUUUGCUGAAGAGUGAAACAGCUUCUUCAUAUUUUAUAACUUGCCUUGAUGAUGAGGAUUACUGCCUGGAUGUUGAUAAUAGUUCAAUGCCUUUGUUAGAGUCUCACAUUGAAGGUAAGGGGUCAGAUUGUUUGACACAGCCAAUAUUUAGUUGUUCUCUGUUGGAUAAACAGCAUGCCAUGGAAACUGACAUUACAGAAGAACUUUUAAAUGAGUUGAGCAUUCUUGAAGAAGACUUAAGUCUGUUGCCACUCUCCAUUUUGAAUUCUAGACAGUUUAUGAAUUUGGAAAGGAAAGUCUGGUGUAAAGAGAAACACUAUGAUGAGAUGCAGAUCCCAGUUCCACUCCUGCCAUGUGUGAUAUACCCAGAUUUUUUUGAUGAAGCUACAGAGCUCCUUGGGAUAUCAGAAAUAGACUUGAGUUCUCUGGAUGAGCAUCUGACAUGGAAUAUUAGCUGCCCUAGAGUAUCAAGUCCAACUUCAUCGGUUUCAGGUCUGCACAAUGAUGCCGAGAGUUGUUUUAAACUUGCCUCACCUGAAGAGUUUGAGAGAAUCCCUUUCUUUGAUUUGGAAUCUCAGUGGGAAUGUGCAACAAAGGAUAACAUUGGAAGGGAUAAUGAACAGACUCUUAGUGUGCAGCAAAUAAUCCAUGAUGACACUGAUGCAAAACUACAUGACCCUGUAGAUGCUUUCCUUCGGGUUAGAGCGAGACAGAAGUCUAAAGAGACACCAGACACUAGUCUUGGUGAAACAAGUCAAACAAAGCUUACAACUCCAGUUAUACAAAGUGUUAUCACACCAAUGGUCCCUACUGGAGUGGAGAAAAGCUUCUCAAAAACUAUAGAAGUCAACAUAACAGAGUCUUUUAAAGAAGUGUUGGAAUAUAUUCAAGAUUAUGCCAAGCCCUAUAUGACUUCCCUAAAGAUGCUUAGUAUUUUGUCUUCCAAUGUCACCUUUAUGGACAUUUCUGUUGAUAAAACACAGUUUCUUCUGAAGGAAUAUCUAAAACAAAACUCAGGCACAUCUAAAAAUAUUAGUUCAUCACAAAAAUCAACUGAUUUUUCCAUGCUUAUAAGUCUUUACAUAGUGCACACACUGAGAUCAGCUGCAGAUCUUCUGUUACAUUGUGGUCUAGAGACUUGCAUUUCUUGGGUCACAUCACAGAUAGAAGGUUGCCCUUCAAACUCUGACAAAUCACUGAAUGAACUCUGUAAACAGUUAAGGCUGUAUCAGUGUACUUUCCAUCAAGAAAACAUCUUACACCCUAAACUAAGCACUUUGUGUCAUGAAAUAGAGACUUUUCUAGCACACUAUGCAAGUUCUAAGGUAUUAAUAAUUGUUCAAAGAGGAUUUUCCAAACUAUUAUCAGUCAUUCAGCAUGUAUUGUCAAAAACACUCAAAUUGACACCUUUUGUUGGUACAGAUUUAAGAACUCUGCAUGUGCAAGAGUCACCUGACAGAGUUUUCAUAGUACCUUACAUUGAGUGCCAGAUUCAGCAUGUCUCAUCUUUCUCCCUGGUUGUUGUCUUUGAUGAAAGGAUGGGCACAUUUUUUAGAAACCUCUGCAGAGAUCAUGAUAUAGCUUACUUUGAUCUUAAAACACAGUAUACACCCAGUGUAGCUGUUGCAAAGACCAAUGAAGCCUGUAAAGAAUUGACCUCUCCCAUUUCUAUGAUUUGCUCUACUUGUUUGACUCAGUACAGACAGCUGGUUUAUUUGUUAGAAGCAAGAUACAACAUUUUGGUGAUUGAACGUGACUACAGGACAUUGAGCUGUGGAAAGCAAAUCUACUUUGCUGACCUUAUUGUUGGCAUCUCUGACUGUAUAGUGCUACUGCCAUUGCAGGAUGUCAACAAACAUUUAGAUUUGGAAGUAACUGCUACAAGAUUGGUUACACUGGGCCUGCAGUUCUCUAAUUGCUUCAUUAUAUUACAUGGACUCUCAGCUUGUAGUAGUUAUUUGCUAGACAAAGAAACACUUGGCAUGAUUUUCAAUCUGCAAGCAUCUCUGUUGAAUUUAUGUGCUACACUCGACAAUCAAGAAGUUCAGUAUAAAAUAUUAUACUGCUUAAAUGAAGAUGAUGUAGCUAAAACAAUACAAAGUAUUGCUCAAGUUUAUAUGUCAACCAGUCAGGAACAAGAUCUAGCUAGAUCAUGGCUUUCUUCAGAUAUUUCUCAGAGUGAAGAAUUCCUACUACAAUUUUCUUGCUUAAGUUCUUUCAGUGCACAGUUGCUGUUAAAAUCACUAACUCUUGAAGAAAUUCUUAACAAAUCAGAAGAUGACAUUAAGGAAAUCCCAGAGAUACCUAAAAAAGUUCUAAUGUACCUAUCCCAGUCACUAACAGAAUGGAAAAGCCUGAAUCCACAGACACCUAUAGAGACUCAAGUAAGAUCACUAAGUAAUAGUGGAAGAUCUUCUGUGAGUGCAGAUAGCUAUAACUCUCUAACCUAUUCACCACUGGUGCAGGACCAAGAAGUGUCACCCCUGAAUGCAUUGCCCUCACCAGAUUUGGUCAAAGAUGAUGUGUUGAAACCUUCUACAUCUUAUGUUUCAUGUUAUCCACAGCAUCAACAGCUUGUCAGAAGCUACCAACAGAAUGAACAAUCUGGCAGCUUGAUGCCUGAUAAACAGUUGUUGAUGAAUGCUGAAAGUAACAAGCCAUUAGCUUUAUCCCAACCCCACUUUAUAAACUGUGAAGAGUUUGAUAGUCAAAAAUCUUGUGAGAAUUCCUUUGGGAUAUUAAGUGAUGAGUUUUUCCCUGAUGAAGCAGGGAUUCUUAAAUUUAACUCCCAAGCACAAAAAUAUUGUGAACAAAUGCCAGAAGUCAGAAACACUAGCAUGUUUCAAGCUACAAGAAAUGAUAGUUCAAAGUUUCAUCAAAUUCAUCAAACAAUCCAUAAUGCAAACAAUAAUAAAAAUGUGAGUAAGUCUGCAGAUGAGGUCAGGCCAAUGUCUUACAAUCUAAACAUUAACAGUUGUAACAUUCCUGAUCUUCAAGCUUUGAAGAGGUCUGUGUAUAACAAUUGUGGAAGAGUACAUUCUCUUAAUAAAGUGGAGCAUGUUGGGGUUUCAGUGCCUCAUUCCUGUCACUGUUCUAAUGUAAGAUCAAAUUUUUCUGAUGAAAUGGAUUUCUUAAAAAAAGAUUGCAGUUCCCUAUUUUCAUUCCAAGAAUCUUUGAAUAAUCCUAGGCCAAGAGCAUGUUCUAAAGUGUGCAAUGAAGACCUUGAUUCAUUGCAUCAUAGAGACAUUGUUGAUAACCCCCAUACUGUUGCUCAACUUGUACCUGACCCUGACAGUAAUAUUUUGAAUUUAUUGAAAGGUUCUAAAGAUGAUGAAAAUCUUAGUCAAAUCCCUUCAUAUUUAUAUUCAGAUCAUGCAUUCUCAAAGAAGACUUCUUCUCAUCAUUCUGAUAAUCCUUUUGAUUUGUGUGACAUAUCUAAUCAUCCAAGGAUCAAAGGUUUCUCACAAAAAGCCACGAAUACAACUAAUUAUCAUAUGUCGAAUUGUAAAGCUUUAGGAAUAGUGGAGCCAUCAAGUGGUUCAAAAUUCAGUCUGAGAGCUAACAAUGUGCCUUAUUUUGACCGCUUCUCUCAAACACACAAGUGCAUGCCUGUUCAGCCAGUGCUGCCAUCACUAAAAGAGGAUCUGAAAAGCCGUAACACUAUCACCAACACUAGAUCAUCCUCUUCCUUACAUUUGGCUUCAAAUUUGCCCAACAGCAAUUUUAAAAGGAAGCCUGGACAAAAAGGGAAUGAAGGAAAGACUACAUUUCCAAAUAUCCCAAGGCAGAAAAUUUGUAUUGGCCUUACUACACCUUUACGUAAACAAAUUGAUGUUGUGAAUGCAGUUGAAAACAUUAGACCUCCACAACUUAAUACUGUCAUAGCAAGACAAGGCUCUGAAUCACCACCAUUAGAUCUAACAGAAGAACUUCAUUCAGUACAGCAGUCUCAACAAAACAGUCAUUGUUCUAAAUUGAAACAGUGGAACACUCGAUUGAUGACAUUAUAUGAAGACCCACCUAAGACAAGAACUGAUUUUAAAGAGAAUACUCCAGACAAGUCUGAACCACUUUUAAAGAGGAGGAAACUUCAGGCUGUUAAGAAGGCCGGCAACAAAGGACAAACUGUCUUGGUAUUUAAAUAAUGCAACUAAUACAAGUCCUCAUCAUGGGAAACUUUUGUGACAAUCUGUUUGGUAGUAGAAAUACUCAGAAAUCACUCCAGCUUUAUAUUAACCUUUUUUUUUUAACAGGAAUCAUUAUUUUGUUGCCUGCUGUUUUAUUAAUUUGAAUGUUCUGUUUACUAAAUAUAAACCAUUUGAAAUUCAUAUAAUUGUGUUUAGUUGAAUAAAAUAAUUUCUGACAUUGUG